AUGAGGGCCUCACUCCCUCCCACCUGCCUCCUCCUCCUUCUCCUCCUCGCCAUCGCCCUAACCACACCUCUCCACACCACCACCGUCGCCGCCGCCGCCGGCAAAGGCGAGUGCUGGCGCGAGAAACGGGAUCUGGAGGAGUGCAGAGCAGUGGAGAAGGUUGCGGCGGAGCAGAAGGAGGCGAUGGAGCGCAAGGCGAAUGAGACGGAGGAGGCGGCUCACAAGGAGAGGGACACAAUGUUUGAUUGCAAGGAGAAGGUUGACCAGGACAACCUGGCAUGGCACAACGAGAAGUCUGAAAUCACUGCACGCAUUGCUACUCUGGACAAGACGGCAAAGGAGCUGGAGGAACAGGUUAAUGCCAUGAACAGAGAGUUGUAG